CUCGAGUGCUCAGCAUUCACGCGCCUUUGCUGGUGGCAGUUUCGAAUCCGCAUCGCUUCUGCUAGGCAGUCUGCCGUGCAGACCUUGCUGAAUCCGCUUUCAGUGGAUCUGCCCAUCGCUGAUGGCUGACAGCGAGUCGCCUCUGUAUCUUGGGCUGGAUCUCAGCACACAGUCACUCAAAGCAGUCGUUAUACGACAGGUGAAUGAAUGCCCAUCCAAGCCGACUCAUGUCAAGCACGUGCCGUUUGCCUGUUUGCCCUCUGCAGGACACACUCGAGGUGGUGUGCAGCGCCCGCGUUGGCUUCGAUGAGGAUCUGCCGCACCACCGCACUGUCAAUGGCGUCCAUCUUGGCAAUGAGGGCGAGGCGACAUCGCCGCCGCUGAUGUGGGUGGAGGCCAUGGAGCUGGUGCUCGACAGACUCACAGAACAGCAGUGCCCUUUCCAACGCAUCGGUACGUGCAGACCAGUCUGCGGCUCAGAUUGACUUCUUCGUAUGUACGCGCGUGUGUGCGCGCAUGUGGUCGUGUCGCCAGUUGGUGUGUCUGGGUCGGGCCAGCAGCAUGGGACUGUUUAUUGGGCCAAGGGGGGAGAGCAGGCGCUCAAGGCGCUCGACAAGCAGCAGCAGAGCCUCACAAACCAUUUUCGAAGGGCUUUUGCACUGGAUGCGUCGCCCAUCUGGAUGGACACAUCCACUUCUGGUGAGAAAACAUCCGCACAAUGGACAUGUUUCCCUCCAUCCACAUGAUCUCGAUCUACCUUCCCUCUGCUGCAGCUGAGUGUCAGGCGAUGGAGAAUUCCAUCGGCGGCCCUCUUGCACUGGCCGGCCUGACGGGCUCUCGAGCGUACGAGCGAUUUUCAGCGCACCAGAUACUGCGGCGUUUCAAGAGAGACUCUUCCUUAAGGCAUCGCUGUGAACGGAUCUCUCUAGUCUCAUCCUUCGCCUGCUCACUGCUCGCCGGCAAAUAUGUCGAUGUCGACUUUGCCGACGCAUCAGGUACAUGAGGAGCUGCGGAGAGGGUGCUGGAACGGGUGUGCUUUGCCCUCACUGCAGGGAUGAACCUGAUGGACAUCAAGUCCCACCAGUGGCACCCAUCCCUCGUGUCGUUCCUCGCCCAGUCCAUCGGCACCGACCCGGCCCACCUGUCCGCCCUCCUCGGUGCAUCCCCCACGCCCUCCUGGUCCGUCUGCUCAGUCAUCGCCCCGCACUAUGUGCACAAGUAUGGCUUUGAUCCGGGCUGUGAAGUGGUGGCCUGGUCGGGUGACAACCCCAACUCCAUCGUGGGUCUGGGGCUGCUCAAGGAGGGCGAUAUGGCGGUGUCGCUCGGCACGUCAGACACUCUGCUGGCGGUCGUCAGAGAGCCCAAGGUGAAGGAAGCCGGUCUAUGCAUUGUCUGGCAUUCGCUCAUUCAUUCAUUGUGCGGAUGUGGGGUGUCUGCAGGCAUUGUCCAUUGGUCACGUAAUGGUCCAUCCAGCGCUAGAGGGCGCGUACUUCAUCAUGCUGUGCUACUCGAAUGGCGAUAUCACCAGGAAGAGUGUUAGGGAUGAAUUCGCAAAGUAAGCCGACUCACCCAGAGGCUGUGAAUGCAGCCAUCCAUCCGUCUGUGAUGGUGUUUGUCAAGCGGUGAUUGGGUCGACUUUGCCCGUCUAGUCGAGAACCAUCCGCCCGGCAACAACAGCCACAUCGGCGUGUACCUGAGCACCAACGAGUGCACUCCCCCGCUCGACAAGGGCCCUCCGCUGCGCUUCAAGGUGGACGACAGCGGCCACGCAAAGUCGGAGGACCGCUUUCCGAGCCCAUGCAUGGUACACACUAGGGAGCGCCUGUGCACAAUGAGGCCAGCUCAUGCCAUUGUGCCUCUUCAAGUGCAGGAUUGCCGUGCAGUGGUUGAGAUGCGUGCCCUGGCGAUGCAUUCCCACCUGCAGCAGAUCGCACCCUCACUCCUCCAGUCAGCAGCGCCCCCCUCCCCCUCUCGCUCAUCACCCCGGCUGCUGCUGACUGGUGGGGCCUCAUCCAGCCCCGCCAUCCGACAGGUCUUUGCAGACGUCUUCCAGCGGCCGGUGACCAUCCUCGACCGCCCAGACAGUGCGGCACUCGGCGCGGCGUACAGAGCACUGCAUGCGUGUGAGAAGAGGAAGGAUGGCGAGCAGUAUGGGGAGAUUGGUCUGUUUGAUCGCAUUGGUCGUGCCGGUGAGGUGACGGAGGAGCCGAAAAGGGAGAGCGGGGGCCUGUACCGCAUGCUGGCUGGGGCGUAUGGUGAUGUGGAAGACAUGUUGGUCAAGGAGAGGGGCCGAGUGACACAGCAAGAGCAGCGGGACGGCAAGUGACGGUCGUAUUGUUGCAGUGCAGACUGGGCUCAGUGUCGUGUUGUGGUGACUGAGCGACGGUUUUGUGCUGUGUCGUGUCU